AUCACAGGACGACUGAAGCUCCAGACGUCAGUAUCAGGUGGUCUUAAUCUUCAUCAUCUAGAUCAUCUCAUUGCCUUCACCAUGAAGACUGUGACUGCCCUUCUUUGUGCCGUGAUGGCUCUGACUAUAGCUGCUGCUCUCGCAGAGGAACAGCCUGGACAAGAACCAACAGCUGAGCUUCAGCUGGUCAAGAGGUCUUGUCACAACCGUUGGACUUACUGCAACCGUCGCUGGUACCGCUACAUUCCAACAGCGAUGACUUGGGCUCAAGCUGAGAGAAACUGUCUUGCCCUGGGUGGACACCUCGCAUCUGUUCAUAACCUUCGGGAAUACCGGACCAUUCAGAGAAUCAUCAGGAGAUCCAGUCGUUGCAAUCGAGAAACAUGGAUUGGAGGCUCUGAUGCAGAAGAGGAGAAAAAGUGGUUCUGGAGUGAUGGGACUCGUUUUGACUACAGUAACUGGGCCUGUGGAGAGCCGAACAACCAUUGGCGCCAACAGCAUUGCCUUCAAAUGAACUUUGGAGGUCGGAAGGCCUGGGAUGACGUGCAGUGCUGGAGUAAACGUCCAUCUGUCUGUGCCAAGUUGGAUCCUGUGGUGCCGGACUGCACAGAGGGAGUCUAUCUGCCCAAGUUCCUGCCCCCAACCCCAGCAAACCGUGCUCAGCUGUACACGCCCUUCAAUCAAACUCUGGAGAUCAGCAUCAUCACCACGGCGAAUGUCUCCACGUACGCUCUCAUCACAGGACGACUGAAGCUCCAGACGUCAGUAUCAGGUUUGCUGUCCUUCUUCGUCCUCAGCAUCCUUUGUCUUUUAGGUCUGACCAUUGAUCAUCUCAUUGCCUUCACCAUGAAGACUGUGACUGCCUUUCUUUGUGCCGUGAUGGCUCUGACUAUAGCUGCUGCUCUCGCAGAGGAACAGCCUGGACAAGAACCAACAGCUGAGCUUCAGCUGGUCAAGAGGUCUUGUCACAACCGUUGGACUUACUGCAACCGUCGCUGGUACCGCUACAUUCCAACAGCGAUGACUUGGGCUCAAGCUGAGAGAAACUGUCUUGCCCUGGGUGGACACCUCGCAUCUGUUCAUAACCUUCGGGAAUACCGGACCAUUCAGAGAAUCAUCAGGAGAUCCAGUCGUUGCAAUCGAGAAACAUGGAUUGGAGGCUCUGAUGCAGAAGAGGAGAAAAAGUGGUUCUGGAGUGAUGGGACUCGUUUUGACUACAGUAACUGGGCCUGUGGAGAGCCGAACAACCAUUGGCGCCAACAGCAUUGCCUUCAAAUGAACUUUGGAGGUCGGAAGGCCUGGGAUGACGUGCAGUGCUGGAGUAAACGUCCAUCUGUCUGUGCCAAGUGACCCUGAUCCCUGGACUGAUAGCGAGUUGAUUAAGAAAAAGGGAGUGCAAGCUUUCAAAUACAUGUGAUUGUAUUCAUAUCUAUUCUUUUCUUUUCUAUCGCUGUAACGCUACUUAAGGAACGAUACGACAGGUGACACAAGCUGGAUGGUGUUUGAGGCCUUGAGCCUCAACAAGAGUGGUUUAUGGAAAGAAUGCUUAUAGCACAAUCUCACAUGUAUUCUACAUGAAUAACCUUUCUUUCUUUAUGCAUUAAUAAAAAGCUCAAGCAUUGACACAA